CUAGGUCUGGUGGUCGGUGGCACUAUGAGCUCCUUCGAGGGACAGAUGGUGGAGUAUCCAACCAUCUCCAUAGACCGCUUUGACAGGGAGAACCUGAGAGCCCGCGCCUACUUCCUGUCCCACUGCCACAAGGAUCACAUGAAAGGAUUACGGGCUCCUACCUUGAAAAGAAGGUUGGAAUGCAGCUUGAAAGUUUUCCUGUACUGUUCUCCUGUCACUAAAGAGUUGUUGUUAACAAACCCGAAAUACAAAUUUUGGGAAAAACGAAUUAUAUCAAUUGAAAUUGAAACUCCUACCCAGAUAUCUUUAGUUGAUGAAGCAUCAGGAGAGCAGGAAGAGAUUGUUGUGACUCUCUUGCCAGCUGGUCACUGCCCAGGAUCAGUUAUGUUUUUAUUUCAGGGCAAUAAUGGAACUGUCCUGUACACAGGAGACUUCAGGUUGGCAAAAGGAGAAGCUGCCAGAAUGGAGCUUCUGCAUUCUGGGGGCAGAGUAAAAGACAUCCAAAGUGUAUAUUUAGACACUACUUUCUGUGAUCCAAGGUUUUAUCAAAUUCCAAGUCGCGGAGAGUGUUUAAGUGGAAUUUUAGAGCUGGUUCGAAGCUGGAUCACUAGGAGUCCGUACCACGUUGUGUGGCUCAACUGUAAGGCAGCUUAUGGCUACGAAUAUCUGUUCACCAACCUUAGUGAAGAACUGGGAGUCCAGGUUCACGUGGGCAAGCUAGACAUGUUUAGAAACAUGCCCGACAUUCUCCAUCAUCUCACCACAGAUCGUAGCACCCAGAUCCACGCGUGUCGGCACCCAAAGGCAGAGGAGUAUUUUCAGUGGAAUAAAUUACCCUGUGGAAUGAUUUCCAAAAAUAAAAUUCCACUGCACACGAUCAGCAUUAAGCCAUCCACCAUGUGGUUUGGAGAAAGAACCAGAAAAACAAAUGUAAUUGUCAGGACUGGAGAGAGUUCCUACAGAGCUUGUUUUUCUUUUCACUCCUCCUUCAGUGAGAUUAAAGACUUCUUGAGCUACAUCUGUCCUGUAAAUGCAUAUCCAAAUGUCAUUCCAGUAGGCACAACCAUGGAUAAAGUUAAAGAAAUCUUAAAGCCUUUGUGCAGAUCUUCCCAAAGUACUGAGCCAAAGUACAAACCACUUGGAAAACUGAAGAGAGCUAAAACAAUCCACCUCGACUCUGAGGAGGAAGACGAUCUUUUUGAUGACUCUCUGCCAGUCCCUUUAAAGCACAAGGUUCCAUACCAGUUAACUCUUCACCCUGAAGUAUUUUCAAUGACUGCACUACCACAAAACCAGUCUAAGAAACUGAGACAAGGCACAAGAUGCUGCAAAGCAGAGAGUAUGCCAAGUUCUUUCUUGGCCAACUUUAUCGACUGUGAAGAAUCCAACAGUGAAAGUGAAGAAGAAUUAGAAAUUCCACAACCACUGCAGGGAGAUCUGGGCCCUGCAAACCUUCCUCAGCAAAAUGCUGAUGUGGAGGUACCACGGUGGGAAGUAUUCUUUAAAAGAAAUGAGGACAUCACAGAUGAAGGUUUGGAAAACUUCCCUUCCUCCACAGAGACAGCGGGAUCUCAGUCACCCAAGCUUUUCAGUGACUCUGAUGGAGAAUCAACCCACAUCUCCUCCCAGAAUUCUUCUCAGUCAACACAUAUAACAGAACAAGGAAGUCAAGGCUCAGACAGCCAAUUUGAUACUGUUUUGUUAUCUUCCCAAGAGAGAAACACUGGGGAUUUUACUUCUUUGAACAAAGGUGCCUAUAUACCAAAACUGAAGGAGAAUAUUCCUGCCUCACAGAUGGAACAAAAUGUACUUUGCCCAAAGGAUACUCACUCUGAUUUGAAAAGCAGUGAUAUCAAAGAUGAAGAAGUAAGUAUAAUUCCCAAUGUUGGAGAACCAACUACUCAGAGUGAUGGGAAACACAUAUCUGAGGAAAAAAGACUGCUAAAUCUUAGCACACAUGCAGAUUCACAGAGCUCCUCUGAUUUUGAAAUUCCCUCAACUCCAGAAGCUGAGCAACCUAAACAAGAACAUUUACAAUAUUUAUAUGCAAAACUGGCAACAGGUGAAAGUAUAGUAAUUGAGAAAAGAAAACACUCACUUUUAGAUAAUUAAGAAUUAAAACACCUCAUCCUUCAAGUAACCAUUAAAAACCUAAACAAAGUAAUAAGUCAAAAUGGAUCAAAACAAUAUGUAAAAAUGUUCAAGUAACAUAAAAGGUAGUAAAGGGAAAAUAGGAAUAAAAACAAAAGAUGGUAGAACUAAAUCUAAACAUAAUAACUACAGUACAUGUAAAUGGUCUAAACAUAUCAAUGAAGACUCAGGAAAAAAAUCAUAACCCAACUAUAUGCUGUCUAUAAGAAAGUCAACUCAAGUGAUAUAGAUAAAAGUAAAAGGAUAUACAAAUAAAGAUACAUGUAAACAAAAAGAAAGCUGGAGGGCUGGGGCCAUGGCUCAAGUGGCAAAGCACUUGCCCAGCAAGCAUGAGGCCCUGAGUUCAAACCCCAGUACCACAAAAAAAAAAAAAAUUAUGAAAGCUGGAGUGACUAUAUUAAUAGAUAAUUACCUAAUGAUAAAAGGUCCAGUUCACCAAGAAGACAUAAGAAUCCUAAAGGUGGAUGUAUUUAUAUCAGAUUCACGAUACAUAAAGCAAAAACAAUUGAAAGGAGAAAGAAACUAGUGCACAAUUAUAGAUAUUAACUUUUUUUUAGUAAGAGAACUAGUAUAUACACAGAAAACAAUGAGAAGAACUGAACUGAAUGACACAUCGGCCAACUGGACCUAAAUGACAUUUAUAGAACACUCUACCUAACAAUAGAAUACAGUUCUUCAAGUACAUAUGGAACAUUCUCCAAGAUAUACUAUAUCUUAAGUCAUAAAAACAAAAAAUUAAACUUGAAUUUAAAUAAACUGUUGGUGACUGGAGGUGUAAAGCCCUGAGUUCAAACCUCAGUCCCACCAAAAAUAAUUGGACAAGGUCAUGUGUAUUUGUAAUCCCUGCUACUCAUGGGGACCUUGAGUUAUAGGCUAGCCUGGGCAAUUUAGCAAAACCUCUCAAAAAAUAAAAAUAAAAACCCUGGCAUUUAUACACUGGUAAAAUUAAAACUAGAACAAUUAGGGUGUAAAAAAAUGCUUAAGAAUUAAAUGUCUACAUGUAUGUUCAGUGAAUCAUUCAACUUAAAAACCUAUCAGUGCUUUUAUGCUAUG